AUGGCAGAUGUCCGUUCAGAGCACCCGACCAUCUUGAUUGCACCAGACGAUGUGGCCGCUCACUUCGAGCAUAUGGUGACGGCCUGGUCCAAAAGCAAAAUGUUGGCACAGCGCCUGUACGAGUUUGGGAUUCCUCAGCAGCACAUUCCUGUCCUCCUCUCCAUCUUCGUCAAGGAAAUGUCGCUGGGAAACGUGAUGAGCACCCUCCUAUACACUCACGAAGAGGUCUCCCGGAUCGCGUACGAUCUCUCCCACCCAGGCACGAGCAAUAUGGUGGACAUCUAUCUCACCAAAAUCUUGUACGAGUGGGCCACCCGCCGGGUCGGACAGGUGGCUUUGGCGAAGGACCUGCCUCCCGAUACUCUGUACAAACUCACCCAGCUCUUCGAGGCCGCCGACCUCUCCCGCCCGUUCACGUGGUUCCGCUAUGCUCGUAUGUCAGAACGUCGGAAGGUCAUCAUGCACGUCGGGCCCACGAACAGCGGCAAGACCCACAACGCGCUCCGGGCGCUCGCCGCGGCGCGAACAGGUUUGUAUGCGGGCCCGCUCCGGCUGCUCGCGCACGAAAUUUGGGAGCGGCUCAAUAACGGCCAGAUCGUGCCCCUCGGCGCCUCCCCCGAAGCGGAUGCGGAGCCUGACCCCGGGACGAAUGUGGAACUUGGGGACGCACCCGUCGGAGGCAGUGGUCCGGUCUUACAAAGGGACGGGGACCCGAGGUACGCGCGGUUGUGCAACCUGAUCACCGGGGAGGAGCAGAAGAUCGUCGAUGAGAACGCGCCGCUCACGAGCUGCACUGUGGAGAUGGCGUCUACAAGCCGUACGUUCGACGUCGCCGUCAUUGAUGAGAUCCAGAUGAUCGCAGACCGCGAUCGUGGUUCUGCGUGGGCCAGCGCAGUGCUCGGACUCAACGCCAGAGAGUUGCAUCUCUGCGGCGAAGAGACAGCUGUCCCUCUCGUGGAGGCAAUACUUCGCGAUACCGGCGAUAAGCUCAUCGUCAAUCGGUAUGAGCGGUUGAGUCCCUUGGAGGUAGCGCCGAGCAGUCUUGAAGGAAACUUGAAGCUCGUGCAGAAGGGUGACUGCAUAGUCACAUUUUCACGCAAGAACAUCUUCGAUAUCAAAAACAAGAUUGAGAAGAUGACCAAUUUGCGUUGCGCCGUCGCAUAUGGGCGGCUCCCUCCAGAAAUUAGAAGUGAACAGGCAUCAUUGUUCAAUAAACCCGGCAGUGGGUACGAUAUAUUGGUUGCCAGUGAUGCUAUUGGCAUGGGACUCAACUUAAAGAUCAAGCGCGUCAUUUUUCAGGCAGUUUCCAAGUUCGACGGCGGCAAGUUGAGACAGUUGUCGACGUCCCAGAUUAAGCAAAUUGCCGGUCGAGCGGGACGGUAUGGGUUGCAUGGAACCGAUUCAUCCGCAGGAGUUGUGACCACGUUGUUCGGGCCCGACCUUCCUGUGGUGCGGAAGGCAUUGCUGCGUCCGAUGCAGCCGCUCAAAUUCGCUCGACUCUCGAAUGGCGCGCAGGAUUCUUUCCGUCACAUCGUUAAUGCCCUGCCCAGGGAUUCAGCAGCCCGCACUAUCAUACAGGUGUAUCAGUUCGUGGCGAAGAUGCAUCCCAUCUACGAGUUCGUGGACUUCGCCGCCAUGCGCGCUAAGCUCGACUUCGUCGAUGAAGUAGCCGGCGACCUCACCAUUGCCGACCGCAGCCUUCUCCUACAGGCGCCUACACCGUGGAGUGACGAAGUGGCCUUACAGGCUUGCGGUCGCAUGAUGGUGCUAUAUCGCACCGAGAUGCGGGUGUCGCUGAAGCGGGCGCUCAAGGAUUCAGGUCUUUGGGACAGCUUCAACGACAUCUUGCGGAUGAGCGAGACAUCCUCCGAGCCUGAACAUUUUGGAAACGCCUUGCAGAUGUUGGAGUCGCUGCACAAGACGAUUGUGAUGUACUUGUGGCUCAGCUACCGCAAGAUGGUUGGGUUCCCAGAUCAAACGGAGGCGUUUGAAGUGAAGGCACAGGCGGAGCGGGCUAUGGAGUGGUGCUUGGAAAGGUUGACCGCUGCACGCUUACAACAGAGCGAAGAGCGACAACAAGGGAAGAAGAUCUGGCCCAAAAAGGAGCCACAGGUAGAAAAACCAGGACGCCCACCAAAAGGGCAAAGCGACGUUACUUCAGGAGAAGGACGCUCCAGCCGAGGGUGGGUUCAACCUGCUGCGUUGCAGUGA